UGUCAUGCGCGGAUAAACAGGGCUGGAGCACAACUUUACUCAGCAGCGGGCUUCUUUUUUUUAUUUGGAAGUAUCUUAGGACAGUCAGCGUGACUUUAAGUCUAAGCUGAGUGUAGUGGGGGGGUCGGCCUGUUAGUUGGGUGGGUGUGUGUGUUUGUUUUGUUGUCAGACGCUUCAAAUACAACUCAGCAGCCCUGUCCUGUGUUGUAGUUCCCAUAUGUCGCGAAGGCAGGCCGACCAUGACUACAACCUCCGGAGUAUGAGCAACCUGAUGGGCGAGAGGUGGAAGAAAGUGAACGACGGAGGUGAGCGCAGUCUCAUCAAGGCUCCGUCUAACGCCAGCAUCAGCAGCCAGGGCGCCUCCGCUGGAGCUUCCGCCGCCGCUGGUGCCCCAUCAGCCCCCUCCUCCUCGUCCACCGGAGACCUGGAGAGGGCUGCCCGCAAGCAGUUCCAGCAGGAUGUUACACCUGGUUUCGUCUACGUCUUGGCCAUCUUCUCCGCCCUGGGGGGCUUCCUUUUCGGCUAUGACACCGGGGUGAUCUCUGGGGCGAUGCUCCUGUUGAAGCGGGAGCUGGACCUGAGCGCCCUGUGGCAGGAGGUGCUCAUAUCAAGUACUGUGGCCGCAGCCGCCUUCUCCGCCCCGCUGGGCGGCUUUCUCAACGGGGUGUUCGGGCGCAGAGUGUGCAUACUGCUCGCCAGCUUCUUCUUCGCCGUCGGGGGGAUCGUGCUUAGCAGCGCUCCCGGUAAAGAGGUGCUCCUGGCGGGGAGGCUCAUCGUUGGAUUGGGGCUCGGUAUUGCCUCUAUGACGGUGCCCGUGUACAUCGCUGAGGCCUCUCCACCCCACCUAAGGGGUCAGCUAGUCACCGUUAACACCCUCUUCAUCACGGGGGGGCAGUUCACAGCCAGCCUCAUCGACGGAGCCUUCAGCUAUCUGCGCCAUGACGGUUGGAGGUACAUGUUGGGUCUGUCUGUGCUCCCCGCUGUGCUCCAGUUCAUGGGAUUCCUCUUCCUGCCAGAGAGCCCUCGCUGGUUAAUUCAGCGUGGGCUGACCCAGAAGGCCCGCCGCGUGCUCAGUCAGAUCCGAGGCAACCAGAACAUAGACGAGGAGUACGACAGCAUCAAAAACAGCAUCGAGGAAGAGGAGAAGGACAGCGGAGGAGAUGGCCCGGUGAUCUGGCGUAUGCUGACCUACCCCCCGACCCGACGAGCCCUGGUGGUGGGCUGUGGUCUUCAGAUGUUCCAGCAGCUUUCAGGAAUCAACACAGUCAUGUACUACAGUGCCACCAUCCUGCAGAUGUCAGGAGUGCGGGAUGACAGGUUGGCAAUCUGGCUGGCUGGACUCACAACCCUCACCAACUUCCUGUUUACGCUGCUUGGAGUGUGGCUGGUGGAGAGAGUGGGGCGUAGGAAGCUCACCCUAGGCAGCAUCAUAGGCACGUGUUUGAGUUUGAGUCUGUUGGCCAUUGGUUUCUUAAUGUCUGCACAGCACAGUCCCCCUGUCACCUACCACCCAUUAGACCCCGCCAUGGCCAACUCUACCUGCUCCAAGUACCAGGUGUGCGAGCCGUGCAUGCUGGAUCCUGGAUGCGGCUUCUGUUAUCGUGAGAAUGGCUCAGCGCUGCUCACCUCCUCCUGCGUGCCAGUCAAUAAGGCCUCCACCGAGCACGCAGCAUGGGGCAGAUGCUCCAACUCCACCCUGAUGAGAGAUCAGACCUACUGGGCCUACAACUACUGCCCCACCUCCUUCUCCUGGUUGGUUUUACUGGGACUGGUGCUCUACUUGGCUGCCUUUGCGCCGGGUAUGGGUCCAAUGCCAUGGACCAUCAACUCUGAGAUCUAUCCUCUUUGGGCAAGGAGCACAGGGAACGCCUGUGCAGCAGGGGUCAGCUGGACCUUCAACAUCUUGGUGUCUCUUACCUUCCUCCACCUGGCUCAGUACAUCACCUACUAUGGAGCUUUCUUCCUGUACUCCACCAUGGCCUUGCUGGGUUUCUUCUUCACAUAUGGCUGCCUGCCAGAAACCAAAUCCCGACGUCUGGAGGAGAUCGAAGCGUUGUUCGAAAACCACCUUUGCUCUUGCGGCGCCUCUGAUUCGGAUGAGGGACGGCAGGUUGAGUACAUCCGGGUCAAAGGUUCAAACUACCAUCUAUCGGACAAUGACGCAUCAGAUGUAGACUAGGGGACACUUGGGUGUUGCUUACCUCCCUCUGGGUGUUUCAUUAGCUGUUUCACUGGAACAUGCAGAGCGGCUGAGUCUGUAAUAGUGUUCUUUUUCCUGUGAUCUGAGGGGCCACUGGUUUACCUCCAACAUAGAUUGGGAAUUACAUUUUAGAAGACUAUCCUUCUAUCAGUAACAUGUAUCAGUUCACUUUUCAAGCAGUCAUUUGGGGAAAUCCCAAUCAACACUAAUGCUUUAGCAUGAAUGUUUCCCAUUAGUUCAUUCUCUAAAUUCAGGGGUGACCUGGCACCUUAUCUGGUUUCAGACCUGCUUAUUAUUUUUAACCACAGAAGUCAAUAACACUGGCCUUCUACACAGAUAAUAGGCAAAGCAUAAUACAUAGAACUCCAGUGACUUUUUCAUGGAGACUAGUUAUGACUGUUUAACAGAUACAAAGAUACAAAAUACAGGGAAUCGAAUUUGUCCCUAAUAUUUUGUGCAUUUGUUUUAUAAGUACCAUUUAUGAUUUAAACACGGUUUUAUCCCAGAGCUUUGUGUCAGAAUACAAUGGCAACUCCAUUCAAAAAGCUACAGUAAAGAAAGCCACAAAACUUUUGUUGACUGGACAGCAGCUGUUGUCGUCUUUCGUACCAUUAUGCCUUGGUGUAUGAGACACAUUCCGCUGUCUCGUUUUUUCAGCUUGUAGCGUAGCACACUUAAUGUCAGUCCUUGAGCUGAUGUUCUUCUGUUUGCAGUUUGUAUUUUUAUGAAAAGCAAUCGCCAGAGACACACGGUAUAUCAUUACGGUUGAGUAAACUUGUGUUGUCGACGGGUGCCGAAACAAAACCGCUCUUACAAACGUGGUAGGCCUGAAAGGACUGGAAGUCCUCGUGCUACAGUGUGGUUUGUGUAUUUAUAUAUUUAUUUAAAACAGAUGUUUUUGUUAAUCCAGGUUUCGACAAAUUACAAAUUUCCUUAGCGUUGCUUACUUUUUCAUUUAAAAUGUGUUUCGCAAAACCUACCCUACGAACCAAUGUUGCAACUCUUGCAAUGAACUUUUUCUUGUCGUUAUUUCUGGAUAUACUGUCUGUAAUAUCCAGCAAUGAAACCGGGCUGUUCUGUCUGUAGCAGUAAAAGUAAGCUUUAGCUUGAUGACUGAGAUUUUUAAGUGUUUCGUUCUAUCUGAACAUUGAUAAUAUUAGUGCCUGUGUAUUGUGAAGGUGCCUAAUGGCCAUUUUUCAGUCACAUUCCCUGUAGGUCUACAUGGCCUUUUUUUAAUUUUAACAUGUGCAUAUUUGCAUUUCACCUGUGAUGGAAUUUUAUUGACUAUAAUUUUCAUGUAUUUUGCUUUGUGUCUUCCUUCACAGCCUUAUGUACAAAAAGCCGAGCAUAUCAUUUAUGUAGUUCUUGUGUCAAAAGUUGAGGAGUAGGCUUUAGCGUAAUUUGGCAAUGUUGUUUUGUAAAAGUGUAAACUGUGUAAGGUUACACCUUGUUAGUUAAAUACACGUAAUUUUCUGUGUAGCAAAACUGUUGGAAAGUAGACAACUGUGUAACAAAAAAAAUAAAAAGGGUAAGUAGGGGGUACAAAGGCUGCUGCUGUGCUUAGUGAACAGGUUUCUCAUGGCAGACACCCAAAAUAAACGAUUGUAAAAAUACAGUACAAUGCAACGUUUAAAAUGAUGGAAUUUUCCAUAUAAUUUCUUCUAUGUUUUUAACCGCACAUUAAUAGAAAUACCCAGAAACCUCAGUAAAAAAAACGGAUAAUGAGCUAGCAGAAAAUUACCUUUUUUUUCUUUUGUUUUUUUCAACAGUCCAUUAUCCUAACCCAUCGUUAUUUAUAGACUUUAGUACCUCUUUUUAAAACAAGAAAAAGACCAUCAAAUGCCGUGGGACAAUUACACCUAAGUGAUCCAUUAAAACUCGGUGGUAUUUGCAAGUAUUGUAGUAAUUUUGGUGUUUUCAAGGUGUCACGUGGAUACCUAUGGGGGAAAAAAAACUGAUUAAAAACAAAUUCCUUCAAUAAAUGGAAGAACAGUGACGGCAUACUGUAGCACACAAGCACCCUCAUGUGGAAAACCUCCGGAUGAUUUUUUAAAAAUAAAAAAAGCUUUCAAAUAUCAUAGUUGCCUCUUUAGUUGCAAGUUCUUCAGUGUUAUAAUAGCUGAUCAUUUUUCAAAGCAAACACAAAAAGUAGUGUCAACAUGUACAGACUACAAUAAAAUCAUAUCAAGAAUUGAAGUCAGCACAAAAAAAGGUUAAAUAUUCAACUUGCGUUUGAAAAUGAUAAGCUAUUCUAUUGUAAAGCACUUGUGAUUUGUAGUUAUGGGGCGAGAAUAUUCCAGAUAGAUGUCUUUUUUAAGCCAGAGCAGUAAUAAAGGAAUCCUCGAAGAUGAGCUUUGAUUGUUUAUUUCAAUAAAAAAAAACAUUGCGAAAUAUAGUUCAGAUUAAUAACUUAAGCUUCCAAAACUUUGCUUUUCAACUAAUUUAGAGCAGCUUCUCUGGAGUGAAAGGUACAGAAAAACACUAGCAACUGUAAUUCAGUAUAGGAUUGUAUUCGAUCAGUUUCACUCAGAGUUUUCUUAAAACUUCACAAGCUAGUUUUGUACUGAAAGUAUUACUACACACAGAAACCACAGAUUUACCUGUCCACGGCACAGACUGAGUAACGAAAACUUGUGUCAACCAAUUAUUUAAUGUGAUUGUUUUAGGCUGCACCUGUCAGAGAUAAUGUGGUGUUCAGCCCUUAACCUCCGGUUGCGUUAAUACUGUCCUCUACUACAGCUGAGGGCAUUAAAUGUGUACUUAUCAGUAAAACGGUUACAUUUUUUUCUAUGUGAACCAAUUAUGUGUGUUUUUUGCUAAAGUUUGUGGGGUAUUACAAAAAUGCAAAUU